GAAGUAGGAGAUUCCAGAGGAUAGACUCCAGGCUCACAGACACAAAGACCAGCGGGAAUUCAGUUUCUUCUAUGGCUCCUCCUUCCCUCGCCUCUACCCCACUCUCCAGCGUUUCGUUUUUCCAGUUCUGAUCAUUGCUGCCCUGAGAUCCCGAGAGCCACAGCCUCCCAGCUCGCCACAGCUCUGACAGCUUCGGUGUUGGGCCAAGCAUGUCAAUGAAGUAUGAGAACUUCCAGAACAUGGAGAGUGAGGACAAAAGCCAGUGGUUUAGAAAUGGGCUGCCUCCUCCCCAGUCCUUCUUGCAGCAUCUCUGCUCUGGGCCCCGUCCCAUCCUGCUCUGCCUGGCCCUCAACCUCUUCCUGCUGGUUGGCAUCUGUGUGAUUGGAUCCCAAAAUUCCAAGUUUCAGGGGGACCUGGUGACCCUGAGAACAACUUUCAGCAACAUCACAGCUGAGGUCGAGUCCCUGAACUCUCGAGGUGACAGUGCUCAAGGAGCUCUGACGUCUCUGAGCGCUGAGGUGGAGAACCACAAGCAGGAGCUGCAAGCAGCCCGCAGCUUGAACAACAAAGUGUUUUCUCUGGAGAAAAAGCUGGAGGAACAGCAGGCGGAAUUCAAAGCAGGUUAUUCCGAAAUGCUCCCUGUGGUCCAGCAGCUGGUCAAAGACCUGAAGUCCCUGACUUGCAAGAUGACUCUUCUCCAGAGCAACAGUUCUCAAACUACCUGCUGUCCCACUGACUGGCUGGAGCAUGGAGGCAGCUGCUACUGGUUCUCUCGCUCUCGGAAGUCCUGGUCCGAGGCUGAGAAGUACUGCCAGCUGGAGAACGCCCACCUGGCGGUCCUCAACUCCAGGGAUGAGCAGAAUUUUGUCCAGAAACACUUAGUCAACACAUUCACCUGGAUAGGCCUCACCGAUUCCAACGGAGAGUGGAAAUGGGCAGAUGGGACAGACUACAAGACCAACUUCAAGAACUGGAAGCCAGGGCAGCCGGACGACUGGCAAGGGCACGGACUGGGCGGAGGGGAGGACUGUGCCCACCUCCACCCUGACGGCGGGUGGAAUGACGAUGUCUGCCAGAGGGCCUACGGCUGGGUCUGUGAGACCAGCGUGAGCAUCAUGGGCUAGGAGGACCUGCCCUGGACCUCACGAGACCCCGUGGGAGGGGGUACCCCCGGGAGAUUGGAGCAUUGUCGUAAUUUGAAUAUUUUUCUCUUUAACUUUCAAAAGACUAGAUAGAGUUCCUAAGUUUAAUUUCAGUUU